GAUCAGGAUGAAGACAAUGAGAGUGCCAGUUUUUGGGAGAGGUGGCAUAACCAAAUCUAUUGGCAAUCGUAAACCCUCAAAUAUUAUUCAGGAAAGUCUUCAAGUAAACACUUUUAAGAAGAGGAAAUGCUCUGCUAAGAAGCCUCAUAUUACCAUCAAAAAGUCCAAGAUAAAAUUUGGAAUUUCUCACAUUGAAGAAUCAAUAAUCCAAGAGCAUCUAAAUCAAAUUCCUUUGCAUUCACAAGAAGAACAAGUAGAGUUUGAUAAAAUAGAAGCAAUGUUCAAAAACUACGACAUCCUGCCUCGCAAGGAGAUUCAGGAGAAGCUAGAUCGGCUCUUAGCCCCAUAUAGCAAGUCUAAAAAUAUGCAAAGAUGCAUGAACUUUGAUGAUCUAGGUUGUCAUAAUAACAACUGGAAGAAAAUAUCCGAUUUCAUCUGCAAAGAAAAAGACGACUUCAGAUCAUCUCUAAGAACCCUCAACAGCAAGAAGUACAAAGAGUACGGACAAAUUUUUCAAACAAUGAUGGAGCUUAAGCCUGAAUGGAACUUCUUCAAAAGCUCUUUCAACAAACCAAGUCAGAACCGAAUCAAGAAGAAGACAGUCCAUAAUCGAAGAAACGGAAUUCUGAAGAGUGAUUCUCAGAGAUUUGAGCUUCAAAGCCAACAAAGCUUACUUAGAACUAGCCAAAAGAGGGGUCUUAGUAUCCCAGAGCUCAAACAUGAGGGAGUCAAAGAGCAGAAAGUUGAAGAAGCAGUUUUUGAUGAUAAGAUUAUAACAAAAGUUGUCUUAAUCCUCAAAGAUAUCUAUGAAAACAAGAGAAAUGAAUCACCUAAAACAGAAUCCACCGAUUCUGACUCUGAGAGUGAUAAGGAGGACCAGGCUUACAAUUAUUUCACUCAAUUUCUUGAGAAAAAUAUCAAAAAAUCCAAAAGUAAGACUCCCUGAAGGAGUAAAAUUUUAAGAACAGAUGCCAGAAAUUCCAGCUAUAAAAUUCGGAAUUUUACUCCGGUUCAGGAAAACAUCCAAACACAAGGCUUUUGUACUGCAAAUCUUCAAAAGAUGCCCAGAACUACAGUCUCUGAUCUUUACCUAAGCAGGACCAGAUCUUGCAAGAACUUUUGUGGGAAUUUCAGAAAUUGGUCUCCUGCAAUGGAUUUUAACCAUCCAGAAAUUUCAAUAUCUCCAAAGAGUUCUUCUGCAAGGCUAUACCUCGAUCAUUUACUGCAAAACCAUCGAUCAAAUGCUACCACAACAAAGAAGAGCUUACUGACAAACACAUUUGGCAUAAACCCUCAAUGCUCAAUCAAAAACAACCCAAUGCAAGUGAUUAACACUCCAAACGGCUUAACACAAAACAAGACUGGAAAACCACUAUCCACUCAUAGUUUAUCCAAAUCUGGACAGAACAGAUACACCUUGACAAAAAGUAGGAAGAGUCUCCAAAAUAUUCUUAAUAAGGUCAGAAUUGGGAAACAUGCAACAAGAAAUGCUCAUAAUAUUUGAAGGAUAAACACAUGAGAUACUGCUUUUAAAGAUCAUCUAUCAUCAGCCAGAAGACUUAGUGACUCACAUAAAUCAAGCGAAACUACUUCAUCACUGAUGUCAAAGCCUCAACUAAGAACUCCCGAAGUCUUAGAACGGCAAUACAGGAACCACCACUUAAAAUCGCCAAGGAAGAGAAAGAACCUGGCGUUGUUGAGUCCUCAGCGGAGAGUCCAGAAGAAACAGCGAAAAUGUUUUGAUGUGGGAGACCUCGCUUACAUGAAGAACUUAACUACUCGAAAUAAGGAAUAAGCCAAUACGAGUUCAUAUUAGUUUCAGCCAC